GUGAAUAUUUACAUUGGCAGAACGCACCAAAAGUGUCCAACAUUUUUUAUAAAUAAAAAAAGAGGGCGGCUAAAGCUCGCUGGUUAGCUGUAGCAUUCACCUGCUGACAGCUGUGUGUUUGGUUUUGUAGUGUUUUCUCUUAGGGGUUUCCCUUGGUUUUUCCGUGUGCUCCUGCUGGUUAAAAAUCUUAAUAAUUAUUAAGUUUACAAGCUAACGACAUGGCGUCUCUGCUCUCAGCGCAAUGCGCUGUUUCUCUAAAGAAAUCUGGGAGUUUAAUUCAUUUUCGAAACGGGAAGCUGCUGAUUUCUUCUCGACGCUACGGCAGCAAAACAACUUCGUCUUCGGAGUUUCUGCACGAAAGCGUCGUGCCGUCGAUGCAUUACCAGAAGAGUUUGCCCAGACUGCCCAUACCCAAGCUUGAGGAUACGAUCAGGAGGUAUUUAGCUGCCCAGAAACCUCUGCUGAACGACGAUCAGUUCAGAACAACAGAAAAAAUUGCUCAAGACUUCCAAAAUGGAGUAGGCAAACAGCUCCACGAGGAACUGGUGGCUCUGGACAAGAAGAACAAGCACACAAGUUACAUCUCAGGUCCAUGGUUUGAUAUGUAUUUGUCCGCACGCGACUCCGUGGUGCUGAACUUCAACCCCUUCAUGUCCUUUAACCCGGACAGCAGGAAGGAGUACAACGACCAGCUGGUGCGUUCCACCAACAUGGUGUGCUCAGCGGUGCGCUUCAUGAAAACACUACGAGCAGGGUUACUGGAGCCCGAGGUCUUCCAUCUGAACCCGGCAAAGAGCGACACGCAGAAGUUCAAAAACUUCAUCCGCUGGGUGCCGUCGUCCCUGUCGUGGUACGGCGCCUACAUGGUGAACGCGUACCCCCUCGACAUGUCUCAGUACUUCCGCCUCUUCAACUCAACUCGCGUUCCCAAACCUGGGCGAGACGAGCUCGUCACCAACGAGAGAGGCAGACACCUGUUGGUCAUGAGAAAAGGCCACAUGUACGUGUUCGAUGUUGUGGACAGAGAUGGGAAUUUGGUGAAACCGGCAGAGAUCCAGUCUCACCUGAAGUACAUUUUGUCCGACUCCACGCCAGCGCAGGCCUUCCCUGUGGGUGUCCUGACCAGCGAGAACAGGGACGUUUGGGCCAGACUGAGGGACAAGCUGGUCGCUGCUGGAAACGCGGAGGUUUUGCAGCUCGUCGAUGGCGCUCUUUUCUGCCUCUGCCUGGAUGAUGAGAGCAUGCGGGACCACAUUCACGUUUCCCACAACAUGCUGCACGGCGACGGCUGCAACCGCUGGUACGACAAGUCCUUCAGCCUCAUCGUGACCAAAGACGGUCAGGCAGCCAUUAAUUUCGAGCACUCUUGGGGGGACGGAGUGGCCGUGCUUCGGUUUCAGAACGAGGUCUUCAAAGACACGACGGAGAAGCCGCUGGUCCACCCGGGCUCGGCUCCCGCCGCCGUGGACUCUGCCUCGGCCGUGCGCAGGCUGCACUUCAACCUGGACGCAGAGCUGGAGAGCGGCAUCCGAAAGGCCAAGGAGAACUUUGACUCGGCCGUGUCCAAACUCACCAUCGAUGCCAUGGAGUUCAAACAGGGCGGGAAGGAGCAGCUAAAGAAGAGCAAGUUAAGUCCAGAUGCAGUAGCCCAGCUGUCCUUCCAAAUGGGCUUCCUGAGACAGUACGGUGGGACCGUGGCCACGUACGAGUCCUGCAGCACUGCAGCCUUCAGGCACGGCCGCACAGAGACCAUCCGACCAGCCUCCGUGCACACCAAACGCUGUUCCCACGCCUUCGUUUGUGAGCCCAACAACCACAGUGUGGAGGAGCUGCGGGCCAUGCUCAACGAGUGCUCCAAAUAUCACAGCCAGCUCACCAAGGAGGCAGCUAUGGGUCAAGGGUUUGACCGUCACCUGUUUGCCAUGCGCUACCUGUCCAACUCAAAGAGCCAGGCCCUGCACAGCCUGUACACAGACUCGGCUUACGCUGCCAUCAACCACAACAUCCUGUCCACCAGCACCCUCACCAGUCCUGCAGUCAGUCUCGGGGGCUUCGCUCCGGUGGUGCCCGACGGCUUCGGCGUCGGUUACGGCGUCCACGACGACUGGAUCGGCUGCAACGUGUCCAGUUAUCCGUCCCGCAACGUCCAUGAGUUCCUACAGUGUGUCCACAAGUCUUUGGAGGACAUCUUCAGUGUUCUGGAGGGGAAACCACUCAACUAAAAUCAAAUAUGUAAUUAUAAAGGAGAGGGCUGUAAUUAGCUUCAGUUAACUGAUUGCAUAAUUACAGAAGCAACAACCUGUACAACAUGAAGGUUGAUACUUACAUUGUGACUGGGUUGUUUUUUCUUUUUUUCCAUUUUAAUAUGGGGCAUAAAGUGCAGGUCUGAAUGUUUUCCUCUUCACAACUCGCUGAAUGUUCUGGUCUCAUUUGUCAGGCAGCUCAUUAAACUCAGUGUGGGACAGUUGUGCCUUUUAAUGUGAAGAUAAAGCAGAGAACUUGUCUUUAAUUGUUCUUACUGGAUGUGACUUGCAGCCUUAUUGUGAUGGAUUGGACUUUGUAAUCAAACUGUUAAUUAUGUGAAGGAGCAUUUGUUUACUAGAAAUACAGUAAAACUUAAAGCUGA